AAACGUAGGCGAGUUGACGCUUGAUGAUUUGGACACGAAGGACAAGAAAUGUACCUACUUAAGGUCUUUAAUUUUGACGUCCGAUAUCCUUCCACCUUUUUGCUGCCAAACACCACUCCAAGUUAUUGUAGAAAAACCCGUUUCCAUUGUCCAGCAAUCGUUACUUCUUCAGGAUGAGGAUGCUGAAGCUGUCGUGAAUGCUGAAGUUACUGUGAAUCUGUCAACUUUUAGGAGUAUUCUGAAAGACACUUACCUACCCGAAAACGCCUCACAACUCCUUCGUUAUUAUGAACUUUGGAACAAACCCUACGAUAAAUGGCUGAGUCUCCAUGAAUAUUUGAAACACCUACACGAUGUAAAAAAAGAUCUUGUCCAUGAUUCAUUCAAAAAAGAGAUCGAGAUUUUAAAGAAAUUAUUUUCAGAUGAUCACCCCGCACAACAGCGUCUGACACAUUUGGAAUGUCAACUUAAGAUGAAACAGAUGUCACGAAAAAUCAAGAGAAAAAUAGCUAAAAUAAGCAAAUUGCUUACCAAAAAAGAAAUUGUAAAAAAAGAAAUAGAGAUCACACAGGAUUCCCUUGUUGUUGGUAGGUAUAAUCGAAUAAAUCAAUAUUAUGAGGAUUUUUAUGAAAUAGGUUUAUACUUAGUUAAGCGAAAUCUAUCAGCCGAUAAUAAUUAUUCUGAGUUUGAUUAUGGGAAAGUGAAGAAAGCCAAGAAAUAA